GAGGCAAAUGACCAUUUUAACUUUACUGGCCUUCCCUCUGCACCUGCUGCCUCAGGACUGAAACCCUCUCCUACUUCAGGGGAGGGCCUCUACACUAACGGGUCUCCCAUGAACUUCCCCCAGCAAGGGAAAAGUUUGAAUGGGGAUGUGAAUGUUAAUGGCUUAUCUACUGUAUCUCACACUACUACUUCAGGGAUUUUGAACUCUGCUCCCCAUUCCUCCAGCACCUCACACCUCCAUCACCCCAACGUGGCCUAUGACUGUCUCUGGAACUAUUCACAAUAUCCAUCUGCCAAUCCUGGCAGCAACCUCAAGGACCCACCCCUUCUCUCCCAGUUCUCUGGGGGACAAUACCCACUCAACGGCAUCCUUGGGGGCAGCCGACAACCUUCAUCCCCAAGUCACAACACUAAUCUUCGGGCUGGGAGCCAAGAGUUCUGGGCCAACGGUACCCAGAGUCCCAUGGGGCUUAAUUUCGACUCACAGGAACUGUAUGAUUCCUUUCCUGACCAGAAUUUUGAGGUGAUGCCCAAUGGACCCCCCAGUUUUUUCACCUCCCCACAGUCUUCACCUAUGUUGGGAUCCAGCAUCCAGACCUUUGCACCCUCCCAGGAGGUAGGCAGUGGUAUCCAUUCGGAUGAGACAGGAGAAAAGGAGCUGACUUCAGUGGUGGCAGAGAAUGGCACUGGCUUGGUAGGCAGCCUGGAGCUGGAAGAAGAGCAACCAGAACUGAAGAUAUGUGGCUAUAAUGGGUCCAUCCCUUCUGUGGAAACUUUGCACCAAGAAGUCUCAGUCCUGGUCCCUGACCCUUCAGUGAGCUGUUUAGAUGUUCCUUCACACCUUCCUGAUCAACUGGAAGACACUCCAAUCCUCAGUGAAGAUUCUCUGGAACCCUUCAACUCUCUAGCACCAGAGCCAGUGAGUGGAGGACUCUAUGGUAUAGAUGAUGAUACCGAGCUGAUGGGAGGAGAGGACAAGCUGCCUCUGGGGGACAGUCCUGUGAUCUCGGCCCUUGAUUGCCCUUCACUCAAUAACGCCACUGCCUUCAGUCUCCUGGCAGAUGAUAGUCAAACUUCGGCCUCUAUCUUUGCCAGCCCAACCUCUCCACCUGUCUUAGGAGAGUCUGUCCUGCAAGAUAACAGCUUUGAUCUGAAUAAUGGUAGUGAUACAGAACAGGAAGAUAUGGAGACUCAAGCUCCUGACUUCCCCUCAGUCCCUGACCAGCCACCUACUAUUCACCUCCACCCAGCAACCUCACCAGCAAUAUCACCAACAGAGUCCCCGGAAAUUUCCCCAGAAGUUUCCCCAGCAGACUCUCCGGCAGCCUCUACUGAAAUCUCCCCAGUAGUCUUCUCGGCAGUCUCUCCAGCAUCCUCAGCCCUCCCAGCAGUUUUCUCAGAAGUCUCCAUGCCUGCCUCCCCAAUGAACUCCCCAAAAGCCUCCCCUGCAACUUCCCCAGAAGCUGCCUUGCCAACAGCCUCCCCAACAAGUAAGGAUGUCAGUAGCUUCCCUGAAAACACUGCUGAUCUGGAAGAUAACAUUGGAGAAGGAAUCACUGCUGGAAGUGGUGAUGGUCUAAGGAGACGUAUUGCUACCCCAGAAGAAGUUCGUCUUCCCCUUCAGCAUGGGUGGCGGAGAGAGGUGCGCAUCAAGAAAGGCAGCCACCGAUGGCAGGGGGAAACCUGGUAUUAUGGCCCGUGUGGAAAGAGGAUGAAACAGUUCCCGGAAGUGAUCAAGUACCUGAGCCGCAACGUCGGACACAGUGUCCGCCGUGAACACUUCAGCUUCAGUCCCCGCAUGCCUGUUGGAGAUUUCUUUGAAGAGAGAGACACGCCAGAGGGUGUGCAGUGGGUACAGCUCUCAGCAGAAGAAAUCCCAUCCAGGAUUCAGGCAAUUACUGGCAAGCGGGGCCGACCCCGAAACACUGAGAAGGCCAAGACCAAGGAUGUCCCCAAGGUGAAACGGGGCCGAGGUCGGCCACCCAAGGUCAAAAUCACUGAGCUAUUGGAUAAGCCAGACAACCGACUUCUAAAGAAACUAGAAGCCCAAGAAACCCCGAAUGAGGAGGAUAAAGCAAAGAUGAGUAAAAUUAAGAAGAAGGUGAAGAGAAAGGUACAGCGGGGAGAGUGUCAAGCGACUAUCCAAGGGCAGGCCAGAAACAAGCGGAAACAAGAGACCAAGAACAUAAAGCAGAAGGAAGCUAAGAAGAAACCCAAGGCUGAGAAGGAGAAGGUAAAAACAAAGCAGGAAAAACUGAAGGAAAAAAUCAAGAAGGAAAAGAAGGAGAAGGUAAAAAUGAAGGAAAAGGAGGAGAUGGCCAAAGCCAAACCAGUCUGUAAAGUGGACAAGGUUCUGGCCACACAGAGGCGAUUGGAGGAACGGCAGAGGCAGCAGAUGAUCUUGGAGGAGAUGAAGAAGCCCACAGAAGAUAUGUGUCUGGCUGACCACCAGCCUUUACCUGACUUCUCACGCAUUCCUGGUCUGGUACUGCCCUGUGGGGCCUUCUCAGACUGCUUGACCAUUGUGGAGUUCCUGCACAGUUUCGGCAAGGUGCUGGGCUUUGAUCCUGCUAAAGACGUGCCUAGCCUGGGGGUCCUGCAGGAGGGACUCUUGUGUCAAGGUGACAGCUUGGGCGAGGUGCAGGACCUGCUGGUACGACUCCUGAAGGCUGCACUCUAUGAUCCUGGCUUGCCCUCCUACUGUCAGUCCUUAAAGAUCUUGGGGGAGAAGGUGUCGGAGAUCCCACUGACGAGAGACAAUGUGUCUGAGAUCCUGCGUUGCUUCCUCAUGGCCUAUGGAGUGGAGCCUGGUUUCUGUGACAGCCUGCGUACCCAGCCUUUUCAGGCCCAGCCACCCCAACAGAAGGCAGCUGUCCUGGCCUUCCUUGUGCAUGAGCUCAACGGCUCCACCCUCAUCAUAAAUGAAAUUGACAAGACCCUGGAGAGCAUGUCUAGCUACAGGAAAAAUAAGUGGAUUGUUGAAGGCCGGCUCCGAAGAUUGAAAACUGCUCUGGCCAAGCGCACUGGGCGGCCUGAAGUAGAGCUGCAAGGGCCAGAGGAAGGUCUGGGCCGGAGGCGCAGCUCCCGGAUUGUGGAGGAGACUAGUGGCAUGGAAGAGGAGGAAGAGGAAGAGACUGUAGCAGCUGGCCGUGGUCGUAGGGGUCGAAGAGAUGGAGAGGAUGAUGUCCCAGCAUCCACCAUACCAGAGUUAGAGCGCCAGAUAGAAAAACUAAGCAAGCGUCAGCUCUUCUUUCGCAAAAAACUGCUUUACUCAUCCCAAAUGCUUCGGGCUGUUUCCUUGGGUCAAGACCGCUAUAGACGCCGCUAUUGGGUGCUGCCAUAUUUGACUGGUAUCUUUGUGGAAGGAACAGAGGGGAGUUUAGUUCCUGAGGAUGUGAUAAAGCAGGAAACUGACUCCUUAAAGGUGGCAGCGCAUCCAGCACCUAAGUUAACACUCUUUGUAAAGAAGGAAUUGGCCGACUCCAGGACCUCUGCUGCUUCUCCUGCUCGUGCUCGAGGCCGACCUCGAAAAACUAAGCCUGGGUUUAUACGACCUAAACACCUUAAGUCCCCUGACAAGAGUCAGGAUUCAGAACAGCCUGAGGCCCAGCCCCAGCCCCAGCCCCAGCCCCAACCCCAACCUCAACCCCAACCUCAACCCCAACCCCAAUCCCAGCAGCCCCAGCCUCAGCUCCAGUCUCAUAAUGGGUUCCUGGAGCCAGAAGACUCCCCUUUGUCUCUGGGACAGAGCCAGCAUGACCUCAGCCAGUCGGCCUUCUUGUCAUGGCUGAGCCAGACUCAAAGCCAAGGCUCCCUGUUGAGCAGCUCAGUCCUCACACCUGAUAGCAGCCCAGGAAAACUGGACCCAGCUCCAUCCCAGCCCCUGGAGGAGCUAGAGUCUGAUGAAACAGAAUCGAACCCUGAUCCUCGAGCUCCUUGGCUUAACUUCUCAGCCCAGAUACCCUGCAAUGCUGCCCCUACACCACCCCCUGCAAUUUCUGAGGACCGGUCUACUCCCUCCCCUCAGCUUCCUGCCUCUUCCAAGUUAGUGACUAGACCCAGUGCUGCCAAUUCCUGCUUUCCACUGCAACUCUGCUCUACCCCCUUAACUGCGGUAACCCCUAAAAGGCGAGUAGGAGACCCUGGAGAAAUGCCACAGAGUCCCACAGGGACGGGGCAGCCAAAACGGAGAGGAAGACCACCCAGUAAGUUCUUCAAACAAAUGGAGCAGCAUUACUUAACCCAGCUGACAGCCCAGCCUGUGCCCUCUGAGAUGCACUCUGGUUGGUGGUGGAUCCAAGAUCCAGAGACAUUGGAUGCCACACUCAAGGCUCUGCACCCCCGAGGCAUCCGGGAAAAAGCACUUCACAAACACCUUAGCAAGCACAGGGACUUCUUGCAGGAAGUCUGCCUACGGCCCUCUACUGACCCCAUCUUUGAGGCCAGUCAGCUACCUGCUUUUCAAGAAGGGCUUAUGAGGUGGUCUCCCAAAGAGAAGACAUAUGAGACAGACCUGGCCGUGCUUCAGUGGGUUGAGGAGCUGGAACAGCGAGUCAUCCUUUCUGAUCUGCAGAUUAGGGGCUGGACAUGUCCUAGCCCAGACUCUACCCGUGAAGACUUGGCCUACUGUGAGCAUCUAACUGACUCCCAGGAGGACAUCACCUGGCGAGGUCGGGGCAGGGAAGGAUUGGCACCCCAGCGUAAAACUACCAACCCUCUGGACCUGGCUGUGAUGCGGCUGGCUGCACUGGAGCAGAAUAUUGAGCGACGGUACCUGCGGGAGCCCCUCUGGCCCACCCAUGAGGUUGUGCUGGAGAAGGCCCUGCUCAGUACACUUAAUGGUGCCCCCCAGUGCACCACCACAGAGAUAUCGUAUGAGAUCACACCUCGCAUUCGGGCCUGGCGCCAGACUCUUGAGAGGUGCCGGAGUGCAGCUCAGGUGUGCUUGUGCCUGGGUCAGCUGGAGAGGUCCAUUGCCUGGGAGAAGUCUGUCAACAAAGUGACCUGUCUAGUCUGCCGGAAGGGUGACAACGAUGAAUUUCUUCUGCUUUGUGAUGGGUGUGACCGAGGCUGCCACAUUUACUGCCAUCGGCCCAAGAUGGAGGCUGUCCCAGAAGGGGAUUGGUUCUGUGCUGUCUGUUUGGCCCAACAGGCAGAAGGAGAAUUCACUCAGCAGCCUAGUUUCCCAAAGCGAGGCCAGAAACGGAAAAGUGGUUAUAUGCUGAACUUUCCUGACGGUGAUGGCCGCCGCCGCCGGGUAUUGUCAAGAGGCCAAGAAAGCUUAGAAGGGCUGUCCCCAUCCAAGCGGCGGCGACUCUCUAUGCGCACCCAUCACAGUGAUCUCACGUUUUGCGAAAUUAUCCUUAUGGAGAUGGAGUCCCAUGAUGCAGCGUGGCCUUUUCUGGAGCCUGUGAACCCAAGGCUGGUGAGCGGGUACCGGCGCAUCAUCAAAAACCCAAUGGAUUUUUCUACCAUGCGGGAACGACUACUCCGGGGAGGGUAUACCAGCUCGGAGGAGUUUGCCGCUGAUGCCCUUCUGGUCUUUGACAACUGCCAGACCUUCAACGAAGAUGACUCAGAAGUGGGCAAGGCUGGGCACAUCAUGCGCCGCUUCUUUGAGAGCCGAUGGGAGGAGUUUUAUCAGGGAAAACAGGCCAAUCUGUGA